GCGGAGAGUAUUACGCAUCAGUGGAUUAUAGAGCGAGGAUUCUGUACGUAGAAGUCUUUAGGAAACCUUUACGUUUCGGGACUGCUGUGGACCUUAAAGCAUCCUGCGUUAACGACAAGUCUGGACAACUACUUCUCACUACGCGCGUUUUUAUCCCUGGGAUUUAUUGCUGCCGAAAAGCGCGCUCUUGUUGUGCUUUAAGAUGCAAGUCGGACGCAAAUCGUGUUGGAGGCAAUUGCAGGCUUCUUUUUUCAGACUCCUGUGUCUUAUCCCCACAGGAUUCCCCGUCCGGAGUGUGGAUAUGCAGCGGGCAACCGACAACAUCACCAUCCGCCAGGGCGACACGGCGAUUAUAAGGUGUUAUGUUGAUGACAAAGUGUCCAAGGUGGCCUGGCUCAAUCGAUCCAACAUCAUCUUUGCUGGCCAAGACAAGUGGUCCCUGGACCCCAGAGUAGAUCUGGUCACCAAAGGACAGCUGGAGUACAGCCUGCGCAUACAAAAGGUGGAUGUGUAUGAUGAGGGGUCGUACACCUGCUCCAUACAGACGAAGCAGCAGCCCAAGACCUCGCAGGUCUACCUCAUUGUACAAGUCCCCGCCAACAUCUACAAGGUUUCAGAAGACAUCAUAGUGAACGAAGGCAGUAACGUGACGCUCAGCUGUUUGGCCAGCGGCAGGCCGGAUCCUGCAAUCACCUGGCGGUUGCUCAACCCUUCAGCAGAGCCACUGGAUGGAGAGGAGUACCUAGACAUUAUAGGCAUCAUGAGAAACCAAGCGGGACGAUAUGAAUGCAAGGCCAGCAAUGACGUCGCAACGCCUGAUGUCAAAUAUGUCAACGUGGUUGUCAACUACCCUCCAACAAUAAAGAGAACACAGAGCUCAGAGACUCCGGUGGGCCGCAUGGGGACGCUGCAAUGUGACGCCACCGCCGUGCCCACACCGGAGUUUGAAUGGUACAGAGAUGAAAAACGGCUGUCCAACGCCCAGGGCAUCAAUAUCCAAAUCCUUGGCACUACCACUAUUCUCAUGAUUGCCAAUGUCACUGAAGAGGACUAUGGGAACUAUACCUGUGUGGCCUCCAAUCGACUGGGCGUCCAGAAUGCCAGUCUUUUCCUCUUCAGACCCGGGACAGGUCGAGAUAUCAACGGCUCGGCCUGUGUAUCUCACUCACUGUGGCUCCUCCUGGCCUGCCUCGCCUGCCUUUUCUUCAAGUGUUAAUACUGCUGUUGUACUCUCCCUCCUCUCCCGACUCCUUAGCCUUCCUUCCUACCUGCUUUUCCUUCUCCGACUCCUCUCUGACUCACCGACAUCCUUAUUGCUACCUUAUUACCACCUCUCCCACCCUGCAGACUGUUUGCAUUACAAUAUGACAAACCUGAUGUGCUCUCAGCACUGCUUAGAGGUAUUACACAGUGAUGGUUCAUGAGUAAAAUGUUUGAAGAACAACUAAAAAACAGUGACAUGAAGGACAGAAUAAGCAAACAGAGCUCUCUUUUUUGUUUUAUAUGCACUUAUUUCUGUUUUGUCUUGACUUUGAGGUCAAGAUUGAGAUUAGGAUUUGUUGUCUUCAUGGGAAUGAAAGCAGAUAAUCAUUUGUCUCUAGAAGUACUGAAGACUUUUCUUUUCACUCCCAUUAUUUUAACUUAUAUAAUAGAUUUAACCAAGUGUUUAACCAGUGCAUUAAUGGACAACAUGCAAAGUAUCUGCCAAAUAUCCUCAACUUAUAUAGAUGUGAAACUAACACACAGAGAAAAUAAAGGGAAAUACCGCAAGCUUUUGAGAUCAGAGCUUAAUAUUAAAGUCUGUAUUAGUCUAAAAUGAUGCUAUCAGGCAGAGACAAAGACAUAGAGCAUUAGCCGGAUAUAUUCCCAACAAUGACUUGUCAGCGCAGCAGUCCCUUGGUUUGCUGCAGAAAUCAAGUUUGCAGUGAGUAGAAUCAACUUGAUCCAACUGAGCUAAAUCAUGCAGAGUGAACAAGUUUCUACAUCUUCAUCCAGUUGCUUUGCAACCAGGUCGCCUUUUUUCCAACAGAAUUCCUCUUUCUUUUUGCAGCAGGAAAAGAAAACGCAGUAGGUUAUAAAAAUGCGUACUGUACAUAGUGAAAUUUUGUAUUUCUCUACGAUAAGACAACUCGUUCCUCAGCUGUAACAACCGGGAACAGCGAAGGUUGUUGCAGCUGCACUGCAUUUAGCUUCAUAAACUUUACAACAAACAGUGUUUGCUUUUGAGUUCUAGGAUCAUACUUCUAUACUGCUGGAAUUUGGAUAAAAAAUAAUGUAUGACACCAAUGAAUGACUUACUUUUUCUCUUUCAAAGAAGUGUGCGUGUUUUAAUAUGAAAUGAUACAGAAAAAGUCAUAAUAUAUUGCUAUUGAGGUUAUUUUUUUCUGUCUUUACCUCAUUCAUUUUAGUUGUAUGUAUAUAUAUACUUGAAUCCAAUGUCCUUAUAUUAUAUGAAAAGACAAAUUUUAUGUGUCCAUGUCCUGAGUAGGGGUAGCAAUUUGUUGAGGAUGAUGUAGGCCCUGCUCUGUCAUAAAAACUGAAGCCCAUUAGAUGAAUAUGUUUCUAAAAAGUUAGCUUAAAGAAGACAGUUUUGUGUUGUGAGUUUUUAUUGUACCUAUCCUUGAGACGAUACAAGUGCCGGUUUACAUGAUGUUACAGGAAUGGAUAACUAAGUUUAGCUUGCUCUUUCAUACACCAGGAACUCAAAUGGAAGCAGAAAACAAAUGAGGACUGAAUGCCAAUUUGGGCUUCUUUAAAGGGAUGGUUUGGCUUUACUGGAGUGGGCUUGUACGAGGUUCUUGUCAAAAGUAAGUGUGUUGCUUACAAGAGAUGAUGAUUGCCUGCAGAUGGUGUGAUAACGUACCAUAUGAUUAAUCUCAUUUUUAAAAAGCCCAGAAUCAAAGAGGAUUUAUAAUUCUACACUAUAUUGAGGGACUUUUCCUGAGUUUGCUGUCAGCAGGCCUCUUUGUUGUAGUGCUGCUUCUACGUACCACGUCAUCCUCCAACUGCAGUGCACUGAUCUGCUGUUUGUAUCUGCAGGCUUCAAAACAGAAACACAAAUACACAACCAAACUAAAACAAAAUUCCAUUGGCAAUUAUUAUUUUUUGUUUAUACAAGAGGAUACAAUUAUGGACCACAGUACACAGAGAAAAAUCUUCUGCAAAUGUCAGCACAUGUCCACAUACCUAGAAUGACCUCACCUGUAGUUAUGUAAACUGUAGGAGCUACUGUUCUGUUGUAACAGCCUGAAAUAAACCCCUCAUCAGACUAUAUCCAUGGUUAAAGUGGACUCAGUUGUUUAUACCCUGAGUUUAUUCUGGGCCAGUCAAUGUUAUACUGCAGGAUAUAAAACAGGCAAUGCUAGUCUGGCUUAAGUGAUCUCAAUUUGAAUUUAAAAGAACACCCAAAUAUGAAAUUUAGAUUUGUGUUUCUCAAGCGCAUACAAACUGGCAUAAUCAAAAAUACUUUCAAAGAUCCAGUGAGACAGGAAGUCAAGCCUUAAGUGGGCUCUCAACUGCUGUCAGUGUGAACUAAGGGAGGCAACUGAGGCACUGCAGCAUCAGUGUGUUUUGGGCUUUAUCUUGAUGACAACCUAAACUAGAAAAGCACUCAGAAAGCGCAGACCUCCACCAUCAGCUCUAUCUCCCAAUAGUGAAGAAUCCUUUAA